AGAAAUCUAAGAUCAAAACUAGGGUGAUUUGUAACGGAGCUUUGCUCGGGAUCGUCCGGUAUAAAGUGUCCUGCUGCUUUUUCUCGACGGCGAUUGCAUUGAACGAGAUCUUUUGUCCGCGCGCCUGUCUGUUGUUUUGCUAAGUCAGUUUUCGGUUCAUAAGCUUCGAAUAUAGACGUCUUAAUGGGUGAUAUUAUAAUCGAACAGCUCAAAAAGCGAGCUACAGAAAAUACGGUCUACCACGCUCUCUACGGAUAUUACUUCCUCGGGUUAACCAAAACUAAACUGGCCAAAAUCUACCGCAAGCACAUUUCUACAAUAACAAGCUGGGUCUCCAAAUACGCCGCCAACGGAUUCUUCUCAAGGAAGAAAUAUGAACGGGACGUUAAAAAGUUCGGAGUUGAGAAGAUAGACUGGAUUCUGAAGCAAUAUGAGAAAAAACCGACAUUGUUCUUGGGAGAAACGAAGCAAAUGUUUGAGCAAACAUUCGGGUUAACCAUCUCAGCAUCAACGGUUUGCAGAAUUUUGCACCACGCUGGACUUACUUGGAAGACAAUCGAGAGGAGAGCCAUUCAGAUCCGGUCAGCGGACAUCGUUCGUUACUGGCAGGAGUUGGCAAGCCUGCUCUGGGACUUCCACUGUCUACUUUUUCUUGACGAAGUUAGCUUCGACAAUCGGACGCUCCUACGCAACAAGGGAUAUUGCAUGCAAGGAGAGCGACUAGUUUGUACCGGAGAGUUCCUGAGGAAGCCUAGGGUUUCUCUUUUAUGCUUCUUAGGGCAAAACGGUAUGACUGAAGUUUAUGACACCGAGGGCACCUUCAACAGGACGAAAUUUUUCGAGUGUGUCCAGAAGUUCAUUCGCGACAACAAUGUGGAGCGUUAUCCGGGCGCAAAUUCCAUUUGGAUAAUGGAUGGCGCUCGGAUACAUUGCGAUCCCAUGAUCAUUUACUACCUUCGAUCACUGGGAAUCAUCCCGAUCUUUUUACCCGCCUAUUGUCCCAUGUACAAUCCGAUUGAGAUAGUGUUCGGUCUGGUCAAGGAUCGUCUGAGGUUCCUGUACAGAGAAAAUUCCAAGCAAGACAUCAAGAUCGUGAUUGCAGAGGUUCUCCAAACGUUUUGCGAUCGUUCGAUGGAGAAUUUGUUCCGUCACUGCGGUUACAUAAGAGGAGGAAAGUUUGAUCCGACAAAGCGGAUGCACCAAAAUGUUGCAAACCUGUCCGCGUAACGGAUUUUGUAAAUAAAUAUAUUGUAAAGCCUAAAAACUGAUUUUAUUUGAAAACUCGAGAAAAUGAUUGCAUCGGCAAAUGUGUUGUAUUUGUAAAACUCUGAUUCACCAAGGUUCGAUGCACUUACGAUUCGCUGCUGAAAACAAUGAAAAUUAAAGUCUUUUUAGAAACAUCUACACACUCACAAAACGCUCUUGUACCUACUUCCCAAAAAUCCGUUCCUUUCCUCUUUAGAUAGUGUUUUAAAACACAACUCAUAAAAGUUGAUCUUUCAUAAAUAACAUUGCCACUCAAUGCAAAAAUACAAAUCAAAACAUAAACAGCUUUCCUUGGCAACCCUUGGAAACCAUACAGCUGUGAUGAAAAAUCACUGUGAUAAAAAGGUACU